AUGGCUUGUAAGAUGUAUGAGAAAUUUGGAAAAUAUUGGUCAGAAUUUAGUACAUUUAUGGCUGUUGCUGUGGUGUUGGAUCCACGAUAUAAGUUGCAAUGUGUCAAUUGGGGUUACAUGAGGAUAUAUGGUCAUCAUAGUGUUGAAUAUGAGCUCGAGUUCUCUAAGGGUAAGGAUGCUCUACGGGGGUUGUACGAGGCUUAUGAAUCCUCUCAUUCUUCAUCAAGCAAAGCUAUUCCCAUUACUAAUGCUUCCGAUGUUGCCAAUGAAGCUUGUGAAGAUUUUAUGAUGGAUUUUGAUAAUGUCUCUAUGGAGCAAUCAAGUGUGGAAAUCAAAUCUGAAAUUGAUAUGUAUUAUGAGGAGACACUUAUCCCUUGAGGCACCAACCUUGAUAGUUUGUCUUAUUUGAUAACUUGUUCGGUCCGUUAUCCUAUAUUCGCUAAAAUUGCUAAGGAUGUUCUUGUUGUUCCCGUAUCAACCGUGGCCUCUGAAUCAACUUUUAGUACUGGAAGUCGGGUGCUUGAUUAUUAUAGAAGUUAUAUAAAAUCAGAAACGGUGGAGGCUACCAUUUGCUUAAGGGAUUGGGACAUUGGGGAAGCAAAUAUGGAUCCUCAAAUGGAAAUUCUAUGUGGAUCAG